UUUUUUUUUCCCCUCUAGGGUCGCUCGCUAAUUGAAUUCCCUUCGACAAAACAGGACGAGUCGUCGUAAGCGCCCACUUUCUAUGAAAUGUUUUAGCGGCCGGCUAAUACAUUAUCUGAACUGAACGGGGGGGGGCAUUUAGGCUCUAUCGGGAGAUCCCUUUUCGCUCCAUCUUGUCGUCGGCGACCCAGAGCAUCAAUCUUCUGCGGCAGCCAUGUUUCUCGCUCUCUCCCCUGGGCAACGCCACCGAAACCAGGAAGACGCUCCGGAGCGGCCCAUUCGGGGUGGGCGCCCUUCAAACAGCGCCUCUGGCGGCGGGGAGGGGGAGGACAUGCGACUGCAAUUUCUCACGCCGUUCAGGUUGCUCAACCGCACCGCCUCGUCGUGCACGGAAAGCGUGCUUUCUCGUUGCAGCGGUGUGUUAUUCAGCGACAUUUGUGAUAAAACGAAGCAAAAAUGAUUCCACGCACACGCCGGGAAUACAUUGCUUAAGCGCAAAGGCUGAAAGAGACACUGCACCUGGCGUAGAGGCUCCAGCAUUGUAAAGAAUCCAGGACAGGACUACAAUUUUAAAAUUUCCUCGCAAUUUUGAAGACCCCACUGCUCACUCGGCAGUGUUUGUUUUGCACAGUGAGCACAGACUUUGCUUGGGUGUUAGCCGUGGCUAACUUUGUUUUUCUCUUAAGUUCAUUCUGGUGUUGAAUGUUGUUUUAGACGCCGAUAUUUCUUUCGCUUGUAUCCGUAAAAUGCGUUUUCGUCUUUCUAUGCCCCAUUCACCCAACGUAUGCCGUGCUCGUUUGACAAAUUUGGUUUGAAAGAUAAAGAAGGCAGCCGUUGGCAAGGCGGGGGAAGCCUGUCUCGACACAAUUGCUGAAAGUGGCAUGAAAAUGUCAUGCGUUGUAACUGCGGAAAGAAAACCGAAACCGUAAGAGAGAAUAACCGCCCCCAGGGUCAGCAUCGAUGCUGGGCUCACUUCUGAUCGCCCUUGUGUUGGGAUAAUAAUGGCCACACAGGAUCCGUCCCCUCCUUCGUCAUUGGAGGGCAACAAGCCGGGAUUCCCAAAGAAGAUUUUGGCGAACAAGCUUGAGGACAAACACCUGUGUAACUGUUGUCAAAACAUCCUCAGAAGACCUUUUCAAGCCCAGUGUGGACAUCGAUUCUGCUCCUAUUGCUUUAACAGAACAGUGAGCUCCGGGCCUCAGAAAUGCAGUGCGUGUAUAAAAGAAGAUAUAUUUGAAGACCCAACAUCUAUUCUGACACUGGGCUGUGCUUUCCCAGACAACGCAGCUCGCAGAGAAGUGGAGGCCCUGCCUGCGGUCUGUCUCAAUGAGGGAUGCUCCUGGAAGGGCAGUAUUAAAGAAUAUGAGGCCCUUCAUGAGGGGAAGUGCGAGUUCAUGAUCAUCGCCUGCCCGUCCUGCGGAGAGGCCAUAAGAUUUAAUGAACAGGAGAGACAUAAUGAGCGGGAAUGUCCGGAAAGGACCUUGAACUGCAAGUACUGCAAAGAGCCGUUUCAUUUUAAAAAUAUUAAGGCACACGAUGAGAUUUGUCCUAAAUACCCUAUGAUAUGUGAAGGCUGUGCCAAGAAGAAAAUUCCAAGAGAAAAAUAUGUGGACCAUAUUAAGUUCUGUAGUAAAUUUAGAGCUCCUUGCAGAUUUCAUGUUGUUGGGUGUAAUACGUCAGUGGAGAAAGAGAAGGUGCUUGACCACGAGCGCGCGUGCUCUUACGAGCACCUGAACCUGCUGCUGCACUACAUCAUGGGCAUCAAGGUGAACUUGGAGGGCAUUCAGCCCCAGAGCCUGGAGCACGCCAGCCUGAAGAUCCACGAGCUGCACCAGUCCGUGCGCGAGCUGGAGGCCAAGAUGGGCCACCUGAGCGCGGCGCCUCCCGUGCAGGGAGCCGCCGCCGCCGCCGCCCCCCCCGUGGCCCUGGCCACCUCCUUCACCCCGCUGCCCAGCUCCGCCACCGCCGCCCUGGAGCUGCAGCUGCACAGCGAGAAGGCCAAGGUGGCCGAGCUGAGCCGCCGGUGCCAGGAGCUGGAGCUGAAGGUGGGCACGUUCGAGAACAUCGUGUGCGUGCUGAACCGCGAGGUGGAGCGCUCGUCCACGACCCUGGAGGCUUACAACCGGCAGCACCGGCUGGACCAGGAGAAGAUCGAGACGCUCGGCAACAAGGUGCGCCAGCUGGAGAGGACGGCGGGGCUGAAGGACCUGACCAUCGCGGAGAUGGAGGGGAAGCUGCGGGAGCUCCUGGCCGCCACCUACGACGGCGUCUUCGUCUGGAGGAUCUCGGACUUCACGAAGAAGAGCCUUUUACACCAGCAAGUACGGCUACAAGAUGUGCCUGCGCAUCUACCUGAACGGCGACGGCACGGGGCGCGGCACACACCUGUCCCUGUUCUUCGUGGUGAUGCGCGGGCAGAACGACGCCCUGCUCAAGUGGCCCUUCAACCAGAAGGUGACCCUGAUGCUGCUGGACCAGAACAACCGGGAGCACAUCAUCGACGCCUUCCGGCCCGACGUCACCUCCUCCUCCUUCCAGCGGCCCGUCAGCGAGAUGAACAUCGCCAGCGGCUGCCCGCUCUUCUGCCCGCUGUCCAAGCUGGACUCCAAGAACUCCUACAUCCGGGACGACACCAUCUUCAUCAAGGCCAUCGUGGACCUGACCGGGCUCUAGUCCAGAAAGCCCUGCGGCGGCUUUGCGUAGUGGCGGCCCUCUGUCGAUUGAGGGGGGGGAGGUCAGCUUCGGCAGGGCCUUCCUGUCCUGGCACUGGGGACGCCCUGUGCUGCUGCUGUCCGGGCUUUGUAGCAGCUGAGCUCUCUGGCGCCUGUUCGAUCUUGUAACUUCUUUAAUUAGAACUUCGAAACCAGUUAGCUUUUAGACUGGAGUUCCUUUAAUGCGGAUGUUGUCCGAGAUCUUUCAAAUGGUUAAAGGAAGCUGAAAACAACCAGUUCACUUGGUCAUUUAUGUCUGUUAAGGGUUGUAUUAGGCAGUGAGCAAAACGCGGAUGAAAGGGACAAGCUGUCCUCAGGACAACUUGUAUGAAUUGUAAAGCAGAGGGGUAUGUCUAAGCACGACAGGAGCCAUGUCAGGGCAAUACAAAGGCAUAGUCACGCAGUGGGAAGGCUGCAAAAAUAGCAGGCAGGUCUGCGACGUGCUGGAUUUGUGCGAUUCUCUUCAGCUGCAAAGUCUUUGCCAACGCACUUGUUGGGCAGCGUUCUUAGCAGUUAGCACUAAGUGAUGCUUGAUGUACACUACACUGUACGGAGGUACGUCCUGUUACACAGUUAUCACUGAGGAGGUGAAGACUUUGCAGUGAAGACUGGAAUCCACUCACCUGUAGCUGUUAAGGACUUUACAGGAGGUCUGUGGUUGAAAGGUUUAGCAGAUGACAACAGUGAUGACCACACAAUAGGAGACACAAAGUCAGGUUGUCGACAGGGACAAGUGGGCCUUUAAGGGUCACUGCUCUGAGCAUGUGGGAAUGUGAAAUGGCCGAAUGCAAACCCAUUUUUUUUUGCAUAAUUGACAAAUUUGUUUUAAGUUUUAAGUGGGUCCGUGUAGCUUAGAGGGACCAUAACUUCAAUCAGCUCCUAAAAAGAAACUCGGAGGCGGUAUGUUCUGGCGCCGUAAGGCACGUUGUUGUAUGGGAGUGGUGGUGGGUCUGUCUGCUGGCGCUGGGGGCAUGUACAAUACGCACAGGGCAGGGAAGACUUGUUUUCUCCUUAAGUAUGAGAGUUGUAUUCAUAUUCUAAUGCAGUAUGUAUAACUGUAUGGGCGUAGUAUUUGAAAGUGGUACAGGAACCUCUAGCCAGGAGCAGUCAGAAGCUCAUGGUGUGUGCCACUCUUUAAAUACCGAGCCCUAGAUGUUUUUCUGUAAUUCUGUGUAGUGGUGGACAUUGCCUAAAAUCCAGCAGAUCGAGGCAGAAUAUUUCAUUUUGCAGAUGAGUUAUCUGUAAUUUUGCGUGCAAUUUGUUUUUAUGUUUUCCUUGUGAUGUUAGUUUGCAUGCUGAAUCUGUGGAAGAUACACUCAAGUUAGCACCCAAUCAAGGUCAUUUCUCAAACGCAGGUGGACAGGUCACUGAGAGGGUGAAGACUGCAAAAGACGGCAUGCUCUUUUAUUCCUCUCGGGAGACCCUCUCUGCUGCCUGUCGCUGCUGUUCGGAGGGGACGGGCUGAAUUUCAGGUUUUAGGAGAGGAUUGCAUGAUUUACAAUUUCUCUUUUAUGUGUGGACAGGGAUACAUGCAGGUUUGCAUUAGAGGGGUAUAUUGUGAUGCAGGGUUGUUUUGUAGCACGUUUUUAUAUUGAUAGGAGGUGAAGUUAAGUUUGAUUUGAAGGCAUCCUUUGAUAGUUGGAUUGAGGGAAAAGGCACAAAGCGGCCAUUUAAAAUGCUUUGAAAUGUUGAGGUGCAGGAAGAAGGCCACAAAGAGAAAAGUUAUGCCGCUUCCGAAGCGCCCAGGCAGGCCCCACAAGGGAGGUGUUUGUUUUUAAAAUCCAUCGGUGUUCAUGCGGUGCCCCAUGCUAAUGAACCCUUUAAACAAGAUGCAGGUAAAGGGCUGGAGUUCUCUGAUGAAGCCCUCGGUUUCCCGCUCGAUCUGCGUCCCCAUCCUCACCUGUGUUUGCGAGCUCCGGGUCGUGACUGAAGGAAGGAGAUUGCUGCCUAGAGUGGCAGAAGUGAGGUUUCUCCGCGGGGCUGCCGGGCUCGCUCUCCGUGCCAUGGUGAGGAACCUGGGGGUCCGGGAGGAUCAUGGGGGCCGGCUGAGAUGAGGAUGCCCCCCAGGCACCUCCCACUGGAGGUGUACCAGGCACAGCCCAGUAGGGCAAACCCAGGACACGCUGGAAGGGAUUUAUAUCUCUCAGCUGGCCCGGGAAUGCUUGGGAAUCUCCCAGGAGGAGCUGGAGACUGUUGCUAGGGACAGGAGGGUCUGGUCUGCCCUGCGCAGCCUGUUGCCACCCCAUCCCCUCACCGGCAGUAAGUGGUUAGAAAACGACGACAACGAGGGUGAGAGCUGUAUUCUCCUGCAAUACAUCCUUUCUGGGGAUCCAGCAGAAAACACACAACUCCUCCUUUGUGCUUCGGGGGGCCGGCAGAAUGCUGUGCCUAUUAAACCUGUUAUUUGUUUGGGGCGUUCUGAAGGUAUGGGCUGAGGGGGUGUUAAAAGCCCCGAGCUCGAGAGCCUUUGCUUUCAGGCCUGCCACUUGAGCCAUCGGCACUUCCUUUCCUGCCAGCGGUGGAGUCCAUGCCGAGGGAGUGUAGGAAGUGACCAGCCAGUCCCUGCCUGUUUCUUAACCAGCCUUGACUUGCAGUGAGACUUCUCUGUGCAUGAGAAGUUUCCAUUUUCUUAACAAUAUAGUACACAAUUGGUUUAUUUAGCAGACCAAUUGGGAAACUGAUGUUUUAACUUGUAUGCCUUUUUUUUUAUAUACUGGUUUUGUCUUGGGUAAAACACCAGCAUAUGUAUCUUUUAAUACAAUAUUAUAUCUUUAAAACAUUAUAUAUUUAAAUAGAUUACAAUUAUCUAUAGCUUUUUGUAUAAUUCAAGGUAAUUAUCUUAUUAUUGUUAUAUCUGAAUAGUUGUAUUAUAUUAGAAUAUUUUCUAAGAUGAUAUUUACUGUUAAGUUUUGUCAAGAUGGGUUAAGAAACAUGUCAGGGCUGCUGAGGUCCUAUGGAAACUUUUUCUAAUAAGCACAGCAUCUCAGCUGACUGUACGAAACCUCUUCAAUUCUCAGGUCCCACGCCCUGUUUCCAGACAAGUAGAAAAAAGACUUUUAAACCUUUUAAAGCUUUUUCUAGCUGCCAUGCCAUGAUUCCUAGAUAAUAAAAUCUGAAGAACAUUGCAAUAGCUGGUAAUGAAGAGUUGAGUGUUAUAGGACUUGCUUAUCUAGGCUGCCAGGUGUCAGCUGAGUUCUGCAGUGGAAGGCUUUGUUAACCCAGCCAGUGGGCUGUAGUGUUUCUGCUCUGCUCUGGUGGCUCUGGCCCCGAGAUGCGACCGGAGAGUGGCCCUGUUUGCCCUUUGUGUCACACAUACUGUCCGAUUCUCUGAGCAGGAGCGACAAUGUGUGGUUAAAGGAACUUUUUGUCGGUCACUCCUCUUUCAACAGCUUCUCUGGUUCAGAGUUAUUGACACGCUGACGUCCACGUGCUGGUGUGUUUUUUCUGAGUACUGGUUGUCUGAUUAGUACGGUAGAAACAAAACAGUUCCAAUUUUCCCAUAAAAAACCCCAUGCAGACAUCCGCUUCCUAAGAGAAGAUGCUGCAAUUGCAGAAGUAGUGUGGAAUUCAGCACGAGGAUCUUCUGACACACAGCAGAUACCGCCUUGCUGAAAUCCAAGAAUUGUGCCAACUCACACUGGUAAAUGGAAUCUCUAAAUUUUUAUUGAUUUUUUUUAACAACGUUAAAAUCUGAAGUUUGCCGGCUGCAGCUUCUUUUUCAUAUGUAUAAACAUAUGCUAAACUUUAUAUAAAUAUUUACCUUUCUAAACAUUUAAUGUAUUGGAGAAGCAGUUAGCAUUGUUUGACUGUGUAUAUCGUUAAGAAAGAUUUAAUUAGGGACUGCUGUUUUGUGUGACAGCAUGGAGUAUCAUGUACUUCAUUAACUGUGCUCUCUGAGAACAGGCAACAGUGAUGUUGGUGAUGGUGAAAUGAUAGUUAGGUAUAGUCAAUGGAUAUGCGCAAUGUUUUUCAUCUUUCUACAUUUUUUCCUCUUAGUGAUGUUAAAUUCUGCAUUUAAGUACAGCAUGAUGUUAAAGUAAAAUGAGGAGUUUUUUGAAAGGAUGUAUUUGACAUAUAGUGUGACAGUAAAGUUAGGCCUUGCCUUUAGUUCCUUCUAACUCCCAGACUGUAACAUAUGAAGACAUUUAAAUCGGAGUGGCCCCCAGCACCAAGCUGAACCGCUCCCUGUGUGUGAACUUGCAGAGCUGUCAGGCCGAUCAGUUGGCUUGCCCAGGAGCAGCAUUUGUCUCCCAGAGCCCUGGAACCAGUAUUAUCGGCCCUGAUUUUGGAGAGACGCAGUCCAGCGGCUAUUUCAGGUCAACCCUUGAGACAUCAGUUUGCGCUUGGACCUCCGGUGAGUCAGGAAUGGCCGUCUUAUGACCCUUGAGAGCAGUAGGAUGCUUUGGCUUCCAGCGAUCUCUAAAUUACUCAAGUGGUCAAAAUAAAAAUGUUCAAAACAGGUUUAACAAUGGGAUAUUUUACAGCCGACCUGUGACACCUGCUGGGCUCGGGUUCAGGGUAAGCUUGCCGUCUUUAUUGUUAUACCUGUGGCAAAGUUAUCGUUGCUAAACUCUUGACCGAAUGUCAGUGGUUUGCUUUUCCCUAUCCCCCAGUUUGCGAUUAAUUGUUUUGUAACAAGCAGUACUGCUUUCUUCCGGCGGCUUCUGAAGCUUUGACUAAACCUGCACUGUUGUUGCUGCCUAUGGUAAAGCUUCUGCAAGCUGUAUUUACUGGGAGUUCAAGGCACUAAACUGAAAAGUUCUUUCUGUGUUGCAUGAACAAAAGCAGGGAAUUGUGUGGUUCGCCCCCUGGUGGCACAAUUUGGCAUAUGUGUUACUGUUGCUACAAAAUGCAUGAUGUUGAUGUGUAUGCUGUACCAUAGGCAUGUAGUGUUAAAUGGUGAAAGCGAUACAGUAAAUUAAUUAGUCAAGUGUAUUUAUAUAAAACAAUCCACAUAGUCCAAUGAGAGUGUGAACAAAAGUUUGUCCAUCUACAAAAACUGUAGAAAAGAUCUUUUUUUCUUGAGGAAAGGAAUUUAAAUUGGGUUUGUGUUUGAGUGAAAGAGGGAAUCCCUAUUAAGGCUUUAUAGCCUGGUUCUUGUGUGCUGGGCUGGGGCACCUGUAUGUGGGCUGAAAAUGUAGUGUUCCAUGCCUGCGUGUCACUUGUGCAUUUAUUGUUGGUUUUGCCAUUCGGCUUUGAACAGAUUACUUUUUCUGUGCUGUACUGUCCACUUGCUUGAAAUUCUAGCCAGUACCGUAAAAAAAACUCUCUUUCAAAAGCACUGCCGUGCUGUCUUCUCUUAACCUAAACUCUAAAAAGAGUUGAACUCCAUACAUAAAACCUCGACUGUAAUUCAUAAUCUGUUAAUAAAAUUCAUGAUCUUAUUAAUAAUCUGA